AAAUAAUACAUCUUAUUAACUCCUUCGGUUGCAAUACAGUUCCCAUCCUCGCACGUGAAGCAGAAAUGUUCACACUACCGGUAGUUGCUCAAACACCCAUUCUCUCUGAAUCAUCUUGACCUUUCGAACGUGCCGAGUGUUUUAGCGAUGAAAUUUGUUUCUCGAACUGCGAGGAUACACUCGUUGCUACUCGGCAACUCCUCUUCCACGUCACUCAAUUCCUCGGUACGAGCAAGAUUUUUAGCUACGGGGUUGCAAUUAUGUCAGAGUCCGGAAAGGUUGGCGGGGGCGGGGAUUGCGGUGACUACUACCACUUCACAGCCCGGGGCUCCAGGUUCGAGGAGUCAGACUGCUGAAGAAAAUAGGGACUUGUACCUAUCUGUACUAUCAUCUACCUCUACAAAGCGAGAAGCAAGGGCAUACCUACAGCGCUUUACACCCUCACUCGCUGUGUCGCCAACGCAACCCGGCGCUCCCUCGCCUGCGCCUCCCCCGAAGCUUGUGAAACAGUCCCCAUUAGCUAGCUCAGAUAUAAAGGCCCGGGGUCUGACAUACGCGCAAGAAUCAUUAGAAAGCAAUUCAACAGUGGGACCAGGUAUUGCGCCGGCUCUAUUAGUCCAUACGGACGAUGCUACGCUGAAGGGGGUGGGGAGGACGAUAUGUCAAUUGCAAAGGCUGGGGUUGUUCACCAUUGUGGUAGUGGACGAGGAGCUUCCUUCGGCAAACGGCUCCGAGGCAAUUGCAGAAUGGCGGGCCGAUAUCGAGAACCAAGCGGAUAGGGUCGUAUUAGCCAUUGAGAUGGAGAGGGGGCAGGCUAGAAGGGUAGAUGGUACUCUAACAGUUGAUUUGGAAGGAUCUCCGCUGAAGGUUGCACCAAACCACAUCACCACCCCGCUUUCCCGUGGGGUGAUACCAGUACUUUACCCAAUGGCAUAUAACUCGAAUCAGUGCCUGGUUCCUGCCACGGCAAACAAGGUAGUAUUGGAAUUGACGAAACUGCUCUCAGCCCACUACCCACAGAGCUCCCCGAUAGACCAACCCAUAUCUCUCGACCGAAUAAUCUUUCUCGACCCUCUCGGCGGAAUCCCCUCUAUCGACCGCCCUUCCGGAGCACACGUAUUUAUAAACCUCGAGCAAGAGUACAACGAUCUUAAAAAUCAACUGAACGACCAUCACCUCUCAAACCUCUCAACUCUACGUGAAGCCCUCUCCCUCCUGCCUCCCACUUCCUCCGGCGUAAUAACCACCUCGACCCUAGCAGCAGCCCACAACUUGAACUCCACCUCCAAACACUCCAAAAACCCGCUAAUUUACAACCUCCUCACAGACAAACCCCUAAUCUCCUCCUCUCUCCCCGUCCAAUCAUCCAGCCCCGCGACACUAACUACCCUCCUAAAGCACGGAAUCCCGAUCACCACCCACCCAUCACACACAAAGCUCACCGAUGCUUCGAAAAUAAACCUUGCGAAGCUAACACUGCUAAUUGAAGACUCCUUCGGAAAGAGAUUGGAUCUGGAGCACUACCUUUCCCGCACCAAUGAUAACAUUGCUGCGGUGAUUGUAGCAGGGGAUUAUGAGGGGGCUGCUAUAGUCACCUGGGAGUAUCCGAGCGAAGAUAAAACAAAACAGCGAGUGUGCUACUUGGAUAAAUUUGCUGUGUUGAAGAGAAGUCAAGGGACGGGUGGGGUUGCGGAUGUGGUGUUUAAGGCGAUGGUGGAAGGUGUUAGGAAUGGACUCUUUGAGGGUACGGAGGGGAUAGUUUGGAGGAGUAGGAGGUGGAAUCCUGUUAACAAAUGGUACUUUGAACGAGCGAAAGGGACCUACAAAAUUCCCGGUUCGGGGUGGACCAUGUUCUGGACUACACAAGAUGCGGAGGUGAGCGAGAGGAGAUUCGGAGAGUAUGCGGAAAUUUGUGCAAGGAUUGAACCAAGCCUUGUUGACGAGUGAUGCUUUUUCUUCCCCUCUAAAAAUAUCCCUACAUCCCUACUUGUCGGGAUAUGAUUGUUGUGUAUGGUAAAAAAAAAAAAAUAGAUUUUUUACUCUAUUUCG